AUGGCAUCUUCCAAUGAAUUGGCCGAUCCUAUCCCGAGUGGCAUGUUCGCACAGGCAUGCCAGUCCUUCAAAGAUCUCUUUAUCUGGAAGCAGCGUGUUGAGGUAACCAAUGAAUACGGCGAGUCUCACACAGAAUGGCAAUCUCCAGAGCCAAUCCAGAAUCCCAUCAGUCUGAUGAUGCAGCUGUCGGCACGAGACUGGUUGUUCUUUCUUGUUGGACUUGCUGCUUGGACGGCCGAUGCAUUCGAUUUCCACGCUCUCUCUAUCCAAACUGUCAAGCUGUCUGACUAUUACGAAAGAUCCAAGACAGAUGUAACCACUGCCAUCACCUUAACUCUUCUUCUAAGAAGUGUGGGCGCUGCUGGCUUUGGAUUGGCUGGUGAUAGAUAUGGUCGUAAGUGGCCAAUGGUGGUCAACAUGAUUAUCUUGGGUCUUUUGCAGAUUGCUACUAUCUAUAGCCAUACCUUCCAGCAGUUCUUGGCUGUGAGAAGUCUUUUUGGUCUUUUCAUGGGCGGUGUGUAUGGAAACGCUAUUGCUAUGGCGCUGGAGCAUUGUCCUGUCAACGCAAGAGGUCUCAUGUCCGGUAUUCUCCAACAGGGCUAUUCAAUGGGCUAUGUGUUCGCAGCUUGUGCCAACCUCGGUGUUGGUGGUUCAACCGAGAGCUGGAAGACAGUAUUCUGGAUUGCAGCUGGUCUUUCAAUUGGAAUUGGUCUUCUUCGUAUCUGCUUCCCUGAAUCAAAGCAAUUCCUUGAAGCCAAAAAGGCUGGCAAGCGGACAAUGUCCGCGGGCGAGUUCUGGAAAGAAACAAGAACCAUGCUGGCGAAGGAGUGGCGCAUGUGCGUCUACUGUGUCAUUUUGAUGACUUGGUUCAACUUCUAUUCGCAUACCUCACAAGACUCCUAUACAACUUUCAUGCGCACUUCCAAGGAACUCGACAACUCAGCCGCCUCCCGGGCCUCCAUUCUAAUGAAAACCGGCGCCUGUGUAGGUGGAACCAUCAUUGGUUAUCUGUCACAAUUCUUCGGUCGUCGUCGCGCAAUCAUCGUCGCUGCACUAGUUUCUGGCGUCCUUAUUCCAGCAUGGAUCCUCCCCCAAGGCGAGAGAAACCUUAGCGUGACAGGGUUCUUCAUGCAGUUCUUCAUUCAGGGAGCUUGGGGUGUGAUCCCAAUCCACCUGAAUGAGCUUUCACCUCCCGCUUUCCGGUCCUCAUUCCCCGGUCUCACAUACCAGAUUGGAAACAUGAUUUCCUCGCCAUCAGCGCAGAUCGUAAAUGCUAUUUCUGAGUCGACUUGGGUGACUAGUCCUUCGGGUCAUCGGGUUCCGGCAUAUGGGCCUGUGAUGGGGGUGGCUACUGCCAUUAUUGCGCUUGGUAUUGCACUGACUACUUCUGUUGGGCCUGAGAAGCGCGGUCGUCGCUUUGAGUUUGUCACGGCUGCUGUUGAUGAGUCUGCAAAUGCUAAGAGUAUGGAUUUGGAGGCUGCUGAUCAGGAUCAUAAGUCCCACGAUGAGAUGAUUGAGAUGGCUGAUCAGAAGAAGUGA